UGAUCCGCCUCCGCCUCCCAAACGCCAUUCUCAAACCGCCACCGCCACCGCUCCCCGCCGGCGAGCCCUCCCCCGCGAGCCCUGCCCCCGCCGAAGCACGGACGCCCCGCCACCUCGAAGGGUUAAUAAACUAGCACCACCAGCUUAGGAGGGCCUGAUAGCAGCUCAAUCAGUGGAUGUGAAUAUUCUGCAUCCCAUUUAAGUUCUGCUUGAGAUGGCAGUUGGGAUGACAUCCCACCUCUUCCAGGGAGGGGCUACUACCAGCAGAUUUAGCCAAAUCAACAAAUUUAGAAGCCCAGAGAAGCGUUGUUCUCUCUCCUUGCCAUCCACUUCGCUUCCUUUUCUUGCUUAUGGGCAGGAUUUAUUGGUUCAGAACGUGUUGGGUAGGAGCUACAGGCCCAUGCUUUAUGUGCCUUGUAGAUAUAGGGCCUCGGGUGCUAAAUCUUUUGCUUUGCCAGUGUCUUGGAAGGAAAUUCCGCUGGUCAAGAGCACGUCGUCAGCAUUGGCUAGGUCGUGUGACAGUUUACUUGCAAAUCCUGUCACUGCCCUUGUGACACCUGCAGUUGGAAUAAUUGUCUUUGCCCUAUGGGGCUUUUUGCCUCUAGUGAAGGACAUUAGAAACCGUAUUGAUCACGGAGGAAACUGGAAACAGAGCCCCACAUACCUAAUUUCUAGGUCGUACCUUCAACCUUUGCUUCUUUGGACAGGAGCAACGCUAAUCUGCAGGGGUUUGGAUCCAGUUGUGCUACGUUCAUCAGCAAGCCAAGCUGUUAAAACGCGUCUUGUAACUUUUGUGAGAUCUUUAUCUACCGUCCUGGCUAUUGCAUAUGUUCUUACAAGCUUGAUUCAGCAGGUACAUAAAUUCCUAGUGGACGUACGUAACCCCAAUGACACAAAAAAAAUGGGUUUGGAUUUUACCGUGAAAGCUAUCUAUACUGGCAUUUGGAUUGCUGCUGUUUCUCUCUUUAUGGAGUUGCUGGGUGUCAAUACCAAGAAGUGGAUAACUGCUGGAGGUUUUGGGACAGUAUUGCUUACGCUUGCUGGUCGUGAGAUUUUGACUAACUUCAUCUCGAGUGUUAUGAUCAACGCCUCACGCCCAUUUAUUGUGAAUGAAUGGAUCACUGCAAACAUAGAUGGUGUUGAGAUCACUGGCGUCGUUGAGCGUGUUGGUAUGUGGUCUCCAACAGUUCUUAGAGGUGACGACAAAGAAGCUAUAUACAUUCCUAACCAUAAGUUCACAGUGUCCAUAGUGAGAAAUAACAGUCGAAGGAGCCACUGGCGUAUUAAGAGCUAUCUUGCGAUAAGCCACAUGGAUGCUGGAAAAAUUAGUAUAAUUGUUGCGGACAUGAGGAAAGUCUUGGCUAAAAAUCAGAAUAUAGAACAACAGAGGCUACACAGAAGAGUAUUUUUUGAGAAAAUUGAUGAAACGACCCAAGCUCUCAUGAUUUACGUAUCCUGCUUUGUGAAGACUUCACAUCUUGAGGAGUAUCUGAAUGUCCAGGAGGAAGUUUUGUUGGACUUUCUUAGAAUAAUUGGCCAUCACAGGGCAAGGCUUGCCACCCAAACUCGAACGGUCCAGAAAUCGUAUGGCAACGCAGACAUAGAUAACAUUCCUUUUGGAGAGGAGAUGUACACUCGUGUACGUGGCCGUCCACUUCUGAUUGACACCUCUGCAAAGGUCAGUGAAGGCAAGCCUAAAUCUAGAUCAACCUCACGUGAAGAUCAGAGAGUCAAGACAAGCGCAUCGGCUGAGACCAGGGUAGGUUCACCAGAUAGUGCUAGUGUAAGCAACUCAGACAAGAAGGAACAGAAAAAGAUGGUGUCAGAAGAUGGUCCAACGAAGAAUAGCAAGAAUGAUCAUGGGAUGUCAACACAAGCAUCUCUGGCUGGUAAAGGGGAGUCUCGAGGAUCCGAGGCCACAGAGCGACAAGGAGAUGGGUCAGUUUCUCUUCCUAAUCCUAAGAAAGAAUCUAGACCUGGCCUGGAAGAUAACAUUGUUCUGGGUGUAGCACUUGAGGGCUCCAAGAGGACACUCCCCAUCGAACAAGAAACAGAUCCUCAUGCAUCCGAAAGCGAGCAAGGCACAGUUGAGGUUGGUUCAUUGCCGAAGGAUAAGAAAGGUCAAAGCCAUAAGCCAUGAGGGGGGUCAAUCAAGUCAUCUAGAGAAGGCCGGCCACACGAACUUUGAUUCUUGACAGGCGAUACAAGCUCAAGCAGGGUCCUUGCCAGGGAUUCGUCACCAUGCCUACCUUUUUUGUGUGCUGGUGCAAAUGCUAUCUGUCGCCCCCUUUCUUUUUCCUUUUCUUUUUCUUUUUGUAAAUCUUCGCUGAUGCCUCCUUGUUUGGCAAGGAACCUGUUAGUUCAUAAAAUGUAGCCUAGUCAUUGACUGUGCUCCCUGCGUAUGGAUAUCUUGUACGUAUGGUGAAGCGUAUCAAACAUAAAUUGAGCCGACACGCGUCGGCUGUUGCAUAUUAUCUGUGCUGCUUCAUUCUGGCUU